AGAUUUGACAGCAGAAGCUACGUAGUUAAGUCUAUUGGAAGUUUUUGCCCAGACAGCAAACACUCAAAAGUCAGUUUCUAGUGUGACUUUUUAAAGUUUUAAUCAAGAUGGUUUUGCUUACAAUGAUUGCUCGAGUAGCAGAUGGACUGCCACUUGCUGCAUCGAUGCAAGACGAUGAACAGUCAGGAAGAGAUUUGCAACAUUACCAGAGUCAGGCAAAGCAGCUGUGCCGGAAACUCAACGCCCAGAGUCCCAAUAGGUGUACCCUCGAGGCUGGGGUUAUGUCGUUUCACUACAUAAUAGAACAUGGUGUGUGCUACCUGGCGUUGUGUGAAGCUGUGUUUCCAAAGAAGCUUGUCUUUGCGUACCUGGAAGAACUACAGAAUGAAUUCAAUGAACUGCAUGGAAAGAAAGUCCCCAUUGUCUCCAGGCCGUACUCUUUCAUUGAGUUCGACAUGUACAUCCAGAAGACAAAGAAGCACUACGUUGACAGCAGGACACGGAGGAACCUGGGCAGCAUCAACACAGAGCUGCAGGGUGUCCAGAGAAUCAUGGUGGCAAACAUAGAGGAGGUCCUGCAACGAGGAGAGGCCUUGUCUGCUCUUGACUCCAAAGCCAGCAAUCUUUCCAGCCUUUCGAAGAAGUACCGCAGCGACGCCAAGUACCUCAACAUCCGAUCCACCUAUGCCAAGAUAGCAGCUGGGGCUGUCUUCUUUAUUACACUCAUUGUCUAUGUGCGAUUCUGGUGGAUCUAGUGUUUGGCUUAAGGACUGUGACGCAGUAGAUAUCCUGGGUUCAGUUCGUAGCCACUUCUUAAAUUGACCAUAUUGGUGGUUCCCUUUGAGGUCCCUUAAAGUAAGGGUUGGGCCUGGUCUUGGUGUUACAGAACUGUAUGGACUUGUGCCUUUACCGCUGUGGUCAUCUCAUACCUGUGUGAAGACUGAGACAGAUUCUGCCCGGUGGUUUGCCCUUGAGAUAGAAGUGAUGCUUUCUGUGCAUUAUUAUUCAGUUUUUCUGGACCAUAAAAGGCUUAAAACUACAAUGUUAAUGUUUACACUAUGAGGUGGGUGCUGUUUCCAAUGUCUCUUUGAAAAAAUUAAAUAAUAAUAUUGGUAUGCAAAUAGUCUUAAGUGGGAAAACAAAUUUACAAUGGCAAAAGUUGAGUUUAUUGUUUACAAAAUGUACAUAAAAUGUUGAAAUG